AUGGGUUUGGCUCUAGUAAAGGGGGAAAAGGUCGUUGCUUCCGCAGCGGUAAGUGUCACUGAAAAUUUUCUCGUUGACACCAGAAUUUUUCUCUAUGGCGGCGCCGCAAGCACAGGAGAGCAGUUCCCAGCGGUGACCUUGAAAGCGCUGCUGGAGAUGCCAGAAGCACAGCUCAAGAAGAUCAAGGACCGUGCUUUGGGCUUCAGAUCAAGGGACUCUACAUUGGCACUACGUGUCUCGCCAGAUGCCGUAGCACGGCCGCUGGCUUUGAAACGUCUGCUUUGCAGCCUUGAAGCCGAGCGCCAGCGUCAUGGAACAUUCCUGCAGAGAAGUGCGCUGGAUGAUGUCAGCACUGCAACGCCCACGCCUGAACGACUGCGACCAGUCGCCCUGGAAGAAGGCGAUAGGAGCCAGGAGCCUGGUAUAAGUCAGGAGCCUGAAGCAGCAGAACAGGGCCGCAUAGGCGGACGAGAGUCGGCCUCGCAGAUGGUGGCGCGCAUGCUCUCCGAACCUUCUUCUGCACCUUCUGCGCCUGCCUCGGUGACGUCCUCGUCCUCCGCAGCCCCGCUCAGCCAUCCGCUUCGAAGUCCUAGUCUGCAGAGCAUGGAGCAGCCUGGUCCGGUGGAGCCAAGGGAGAUGGGAGCUCCAUGCGAGACGGAUCUCCUGCAGGCUGCAGAAUGCGCCAGCUCACUCAGCUCACCACUGCCCACCUUGGACUUCCAUGCAAGCUCAAGCCAUGCCAACAGGAGUCCCUGGAUGGUUGGAAGGAAGAAGGAAGAAGUGGACUGCAGCUCCAUGGCAGCGUGCUCGGCACAUGCAGUUGGGAAAGAACCGGCAAUGCCCGCUACUUCAUUGAGCUCAAGCACGGCCGCUGAGCCAGACUCUGGAAGUGAACCCUCGCAGAGGGAAACGGGCCCCGGCUCUUGCGAGUCCGUGGACCCUGUGCCAGUGGAACCGGAAUGCCCCUUGCGAUCGGAGAGGGAGUCCGUCUCCGUCGCUCCCAGUGUUUUGGCUGUGGAGCGCGAGUGUCGGACGAGGCCACAGACACGGCGGGCACGGAUCCGUGAGCUGCUCAAGCGCUUGGAGGUGGCUCAGUCGCCUUGCCCUGCAGAUCGGAUGCGUGUGGAUGCAAGACAAAAGGAGGCCAAAGAGAGACACUUGCGCCAAGCAUCUGGUGCAAGUUCCAGUGGGCCUGCCUCUUCACCAGCACUUUCCUUGAGAAGGUCGCGCUCCUUCAUGGAGUUGGUGGCAAGUGACUCACAGCCACACUUUGCAAGCGCUCGAAGCAGCGCCGUGGAUCCAAGCGUGUUGGAAGAUGUGGUUUCGAGACUUCCUGCGAAGCCAGUGACGUCUUGCUCGGCCGAGCCCUGCACGAUUUGCCUCGAGGUGCCGGCACCAGGUGAGGUCGUCACCACCUUGCCCUGCUGCCACUGGUACCAUCCCGAGUGUAUCAAGGAAUGGCUGCUGCAUUCCCGACUGUGCCCAUUGUGCAAGGCGCUUGUGGUGCCUGAAGAGCUAGGCAUGUAA